AUGCGUGCAAACCAACGCAGAAACAGGAAUGCUCCAGUUCCAGAUAAUAAUGGCCAGCAUCGCACUGCUUGUUUUACGUGCCGCGCGGCUAGACAAAAGUGCGACAGGCAAAACUCCUUGCCAGACACCGUUCAAAAGCUGUUAGACCGCAUCAACGAGAGUCCUGUCCGGGACCAAGUCAUUGCAGCCAUCAUCAACUCAUCUAAAGCCCAGUCAGAUCCAAACGUCUCAGCUCUAAACUCAUUUUCGAGUUUAAGAGACAGUGUACCAGCUCAAUCGGAUGCGCCAGGAGCAAGGGAAACCUCUUCUCCUGCUCUUGUCGAGCAAAGUGAAGAGUCAGACUGCGAUGGCCCACCGGACUCUACUCUUUUCCCUUGUCCGUCUUUUACAACAAAAGACACGAGUUCCGCAAAUCAGAACGUCGACGCAGCCGUGCCACACCUGCCAUUCGAUGCAGUUGGACGCCGCGGCAACCAGAGCUCUAUCAACAAACGGCUGAUGGAGUAUUUCACACCUCGUCUGACGCAUGAUACGGAUUGGCAAGUCCUAGCGUCUCAGUCUAUCAACAGCACACUGAAGUUGGAGACCACCGCUUGUGACCCUGUAACUGCUCGCCUGGCGGAUCAAGACGAUGUGUCAUUGUACUUUCAGCUGUUCUUCCAGACGCGCAACCCGCAUCUAGGGCUAUUAGACACAGACCUACAUACCCCUAAAUACGUCCGCCAUGCAUCUUUCACCCUCUUUUCUGUCAUUUGCGCUCUCGGGUGCGCCAUUUCGACACGUCCGCGGGAUCGAAUCCUGUACCCGACUCUGCUCUCCUUGGCUGAAGCUAAUCUCGCAUGGUCUAUCGCGGUGCCAGUGAGAUCGCUGGAGACGAUCCAAGCCAUUCUCGCAAUGAAGUACUGGGCACCGAUGUAUCAGAGACAGGGGGACGAUCCUCACUGGCUUCACAUCAGUCAUGCUGUACAACUCGCAAAAGAACUCGGAAUCAACAAGCCUGCCACAAUCACUGAGCUUGUCAAAGCUUUAUCCCCCGACGAGACUAUCGAGAUGAGAGAGCGAUUCUCACGCAAUCUUGAAAGGACCUGGCUAUAUGUGUUCAUAGCCGACAAGAGCUUCGGCAUCGUCAUGGGCCGCUCCCCAAUUGUGGCGUGGAAAGAGCUCCCGCCUUGCCCUUGUCAAUGGUGGAGAAAGUCGAUGACAACACCUCUUGAUCGUAUGAUUAGUGGCAUCAUUGAGAUCAGGGUGCAGUUAGUGAGUGAAAGCAUCUUUCUGAAUACCACCUCUCCUAUCUCUCUCGCUUUGAUUCAGUGUCCGUGUCAAACAAAUUGGCAUACGAAAAACUACAAAGUUCUUGAUCGAACUUGCAAGAUCAGAUGCUACGAAAAUGACGGGUCGUCUACACCCUCGUUGCCUAUCCUAGCCUUCUACAUGAAACACAGUCUCAUGAUUCUCAAUGCGCAGGCUGCAAGGGAGUUAAAGAGACUCGGGGGGUCAACAGCCUUGACUAUUGUCACGGUUGAUAGCAAGGCGUUUGAAACUGCACGUCAACUUCUAGAUCUCGUAUUGCAUGACCAAACGGUCAGCGACAUUGGAUUAGGGUGGCACAACAACUAG